UCAGAGAUGUCAGGCAGCAAGGGACAAGGUGAGAAAGCCAGAGCUGCUGAGAGCCAACUGGCUGGAGCUGCUGCUGGGAUCACUAAGAGUGCUUUUGUCGUGGCUGGCUCCUUCAGCACCAGAAAAGGUAAAAUAUCACAAUGAAGGUGGCAGUUCUGUGUUUAUGUCUUAUCAGCAUCACAGCUGCAUGGCCCGUGGUUCCAUCCAAGCAGCAUGCCAUUUCUGCCAGCUCAGAAGAAAAAUAUGACUCCAGGGGCCAACACUUGCACAGAUAUCACAACGACCAUGUGAAUUCUCAGUCUCAGGAGAGUCAGCAGCACCCACAGAGUGACCUGGCAUCAUCUCAGCAGACCCUUUACUCUUCAGAAGAAAGCAUGGAUGUCCCAGAACAACUGCACUUUCCUGAUGUGUCAAGCAAGAGCCAUGAAGAUGUGGAUGAUGAUGAUGAUGACAAUGAUUCCAAUGACACAGAUGAAUCUGAAGAGGUUAUCACGAGUUUUCCCACAGACAUUCCAGUGACUGAACCAUUCCCCACUGUCCCUUUCACCCGGGGAGACAAUGCUGGCAGAGGUGACAGUGUGGCCUACAGGAUGAGGGCAAAAGCUGCACUGUUGAAGUAUAUCAAAUUCCACAAAGAUGCCAAAAAGCUCCUCUAUGAUGCCACUGAAGAAGACGAGAGCGACAUGGAUGCAGCCAGCCAGCGCUCUCUCUCCCGGGAGAAUCCUGCUUUCCGUAGGUCGAAGCCCGCCAGCAGCGUGGUAUGGUCUGACCAGAGCCACGGGCGGGACAGCAGCGAGCAGGACAGCGACCCACAUGAUCGGAGCUUGGAAAACCACAGCUGGCCCAAAUCCGACAGCCACGAGGCACAGGGCGACAGCAGCAAGUCUGGUGUCAGAAGGGACAGCCUCUCGAGUGUGGAAAGCAGGGAGAGGGGGGACAGCCUCUCGAGUGUGGAAAGCAGGGAGAGAGGGGACAGCCACCCGAGUGUGGAAAGCAGGGAGAGGGGGGACAGCCAGCCGAGUGUGGAAAGCAGGGAGAGGGGGGCCAGCCACCCGAGUGUGGAAAGCAGGGAGAGAGGGGACAGCCACUCGAGUGUGGAAAGCAGGGAGAGAGGGGACAGCCACCCGAGUGUGGAAAGCAGGGAGAGCCCGGACCGCGUGUCAGCUGAGCUCGCUGACGGUAUCAGCAGCCAAACGCUGGAAAGUGCCGAGGAUUCUCAAGAUCGUCACAGCAUCGAAAGUAACGAAGUCACCCUUUAAAGGGAGAUAAAAGUAAUAUUUCCCUUCUUUUCCAAUCCCUGCUUAAGAGAAGCGGAGAGCGGCUUCAUUGUGGGGAACAGUUUGUUAAUGUACUUGCGUGGUGACUUUUGGGGUUCGAGGCGGUCCCCUAGGGCUGUGCUAGCGGAGGCUGUGGGACACGGCGAGGGGGUGCACGCCGCUCUCUGCGCUGCCGGGCGGUGUUUUGCUGUAACGGGACGUAAAUAAAACCUCAAAACCCU